AUGUCGGACAGCGAAUACAGCAGCACCGAAAGUAUUUCAGAGCAAUUUUCAUUAAUCGAUAGUUCAACUGACGGAGAUUAUGAAGUUGUGAACUUACAAGCUCACGCUCCAUACCAAGACGAACCACUGGCUCUGCCUGGGCAAGCGCGAGUGAAUUUUGAGGAAGACAAGGAUGGCAUUCCUCGUGAAACACUGGAGGCCAGAUUCGAGAAGAGAGUUGCUGUGAAUGACUGGUGCUCGUGUUCACAGUGUAAAGAUGAACUGUUGGUGGGUGCGUUAGAAUACAGAUGCUGCAGGGAAGUACACUGUGCUAUUGGCAAGGCAGUUUUUGAUGGCACAAUUGAUGGAAUAACAUGUAUCAUCCAACACCGCGAUUACAACGCAUUGGUCAAUACAGAGGUCCUGAUGAUGGUUGGGCCUUUAUUGAAAGACUCGCAAGGGCGAGCAUACAAGCGAAGAGCAGGACAAGGCAGAAACGAGUAUCUUAGAGCUGUUGCCUACAGAUGGCUAAUUCGUUGGUUCUGUGGUUACCUUGGUUGGGACAACAGAAGACCACUGCCAGCCUGCAUAUACCAUAACAUAAGGACAAAAUUCCAGACAGCUGCUACUACUGGUUAUGCAGAUAAUGAAUAA